UUUGUGGGGUCAAAUGGUCCUUUGUUGUAAGAAAGCUAUGCUAUUUAGAAUAGACUCUAAAGGUUUCUUAAUUCAGUUCAUUUUAAUUAAGGAUUCUGAAUCACAGAUGUGUAAAAAUAACAUUUUUUUUCUGUCUCUCGGUUGAUGAAUUUGAAUAUUGGAAAAAAUGUGGCAGGUAAAUGAUAGGCCUGAAAUGUUUAGGUAACCAUUUUCACAUAAUCUCUUGACAUAGAAUUGAGUGACUAUUUGAAAUGCUAUCUUGUAAUUAACAGGUGUUACUAGCAAAAGUUUACUUAAUAUUGAGAGAGAAGUUGCCUGAUAUAGAUUUUGAAGUUGCUUGAAAAGUGAGACUGUGUUAACCCUAAGACUUGCUAUGUUUAACUUCGUAGGUUAAUGAAUAAUUUUUUAUUUUUUUUUUCAUUUUAACUAAAAUUUGUUUUGUUUCUAUAAGUCGAUCUGUUGGUAAAAACCUGUUCAUAGGCAUAACUAGUAUACUAAUAUCAUACUUUAUAUACAAAUAUAGUUAACGUAGUUCUUCAUGACUCAUUGACUGUCGUCUUCUGAUGACAUACAUUUGCUGACUGUUGAUUGUGUAUGCGAACUUUCCUUGUCUUGUUAGUCACUUGAUACGAGAAGAACCAUCAUGAGCAAACUAGAUGUAGUGUAUCGCAGCAUUCUUCUGACAAAGUUUUUUACUAAAGGUUGGGGAAAUCCUGAAAAAUUAAAAAGGAUAUUUGAAUUUCGUAAGAUUAUAUCCAAUAGAGAAACAUGUCAACAUCUUGUGUCACGCGAUUAUCCUGUGUAUAUAGACAAGGUUGAAGAAUAUCCUCAGUACAAAGUCCUAGAUGGGCAUUUCCUCUCACCUCUAGUUCAUCAUUUGCCUGGCGUUGUACCAAAAGAGUCUCAGAUAGCAAGGUUUCAAGUGUUACUUCCUAAAGAAUGGCCAGCUGACCCCUUGCGUCCAGUUUGCCUCCAUCUUGCAGGAACGGGUGAUCAUUACUUCUGGCGGAGACGAACCCUUUUGGCAAGGCCUUUACUAAAGGAAUCAGGAAUAGCAUCCAUUAUUUUAGAAAAUCCAUUUUAUAUCCUUCAACCAAUUUGUUUUACAAUCAGUAUUAAAGUAGUUGGUCAGUCACCAAACAAAGUCUCUUAGAAUAAGAGUCUAACGGAAUGUUAGAUGUUGCUAUGUCAACAUGCAAGAAUAUUUUCAGUGUUAACAGAAUGUUAGACGAUGCUAAGUCAACAUAUAAGAAUAUCUUCAUUGUUAACGGAAUGUUAGAUGUUGCUAAGUCAACAUGCAAGAAUAUUUUCAGUGUUAACAGAAUGUUAGAUGUUGCUAAGUCAACAUCUAAGAAUAUCUUCGGUGUUAACAGAAUGUUAGAUCUUGCUAAGUCAACAUGCAAGAAUAUUUUCAGUGUUAACAGAAUGUUAGAUGUUGCUAAGUCAACAUCUAAGAAUACCUUUGGUGUUAACGGAAUGUUAGAUCUUGCUAAGUCAUCAUGUAAGAAUACUUCAGUGUUAAUGGAAUGUUAGAUGUUGCUAAAACAACGUAAGGAUAUUUUCGGUGUUAACAAAAAGUUAGAUGUUGCUAAGUCAACAUGCAAGAAUAUCUUCAGUGUUAACAGAAUGUUAAAUAUUGCUAAGUCAUCAUGUAAGAAUAUCUUCAGUGUUAACAGAAUGAUAGACUUUGUUAAAAAAGAACAACAACAGCUUAUUGGUAAGACCAGAAGGUACUGUUACAAUAUCCUGGUAGAAAAAAGUAGAACAUGCUGUGCUCUUACCCUUGCUGUUAGUUUUGUUAUCUUAGAUUUAUUGUUAAAAUGUAUACUCAACGGGAAAACUUCUUUGUCUACUUAAAAAUAAGAUCUUGGUGUAACUUAUUUGUAUAAUGUAAAAAUA